AUGUUUUGCUGCCCACAGGUGAUUCAAAGUGUUCUCGUCGGCCAUUGAUCAUUUUGUAAAUGGCGGAGGAGGACCAUCGGAUCCUUCUCCAAGCCAACAUCAGCCACAGCAAAGAGAUCUAGAUGAAUAUUAUGACGGUGGAGGUGGCGGACCUUCCGAUCAAUAUUUUGUCGAUGAAUCCUCAAUCGACGACGAAUUUCUUGUUUCAGAUGCAAUGAGCAUGCGAUUGCUCUGUGUAACCAGUGAGUUAGCCGAAAUCGCCGUAUUUUCUAGAAAAUUAUUAAAUGAGCACAAAAGAAAAUGAGCACAAAUUCUGACGACUCUCCAAUCAUGCUCACUUUAAUUGUUUCAGUUAAAAAAGCACGACUACAGGGCACUGUUGGUGAGUUGUUUUGGCGGGAAAUUUGAAUUUUUCUCGAAAUUUUUUUGGUGUUGUGAGGUGAAAUAUUGUGCUUAGCAACCCGAAGUUUUUGCAUGUAAAUGUCCAAAGCAAAAAAAAUGCAUUAAUAAAUAAAUAAAUGAAAAAUGGAAUUAGACAACAUUUUUUAUGUUGCAGGGGAAAAAAGGGAAAUUUGGAGGGAAAAUUUUUCACUGUUUCAAAAAAUUUAUAUAAAUUUUGGAUUUUUCAAUUAAUUGAUCAUGUAUUUCGACAGAAUAAUGAAAAAAUAAAUAGUUUCAACUUUUUGUUCCAGAAAUAUUUGACUGUUUCAAAAAAUUCAUAUGAAUUUUUUUGGAAUUUUUCGAAAUUGAUCUUGUUGCAAGAAUAUUUGGAGAGUAGAAAAUGACCUUUAAAAAUUACCCGUAUUUUAUUUUGCAAAAAUUUCACUGUUUCAAAAUUUUCAUUAAAAUUUAUAGAUUUGAUGAUGAGAUUUUCUGACAUGAAAAAAAUAUCAGAAAUUUUUUUUUGUUCAACUUGGUUUUUGCCAACAAAAAUUGUAUUUUUCUAUGAUUUUUUCACUGUUUCAAAAACUUGCUAAUCUUCAAUUUUGAACUUUUUUUUCAAGCAAGGAAAUUUGAAUUUUAAAAAUUUUGAGAGUAGAAAAUGACCUUGAGAAAAAUUACCCGCAUUUUAUUUUGAAAAAAAUUCACUGUUUCAAAAUUUUCAUGAACUUUUCUAGAUUUCGGAGUUUUCAAUGUUGAAAAUUUGAAUUUUUUUUGUUCAACUUGGUUUUUCCAAUUUUUCACUGUUUCAAAAUUAUCAGAUAAAAAUGAUGGAUUCAGAAUUUUUCAAUUGGCGAUUUAAAUACAGAUCCAUGAACAAUUUUUCUUAUGAAUUUAUCACAUAGUUUCUUUUUUGUGCUAAAAAUUUUCACUGUUUUAAAAUUCUAAUUUUCAAAAAAAAAUUCUUGAUUUCGCUUUUCACUCAAAAUACUUCUGAAAAAUCUCACUGUUUCAAAAUUCUCACAUAUUUUUCAAUUUAUUUUUGAAACUGCUCAUGUAACGUUUUUUUCCGCAACUCAAAAAAAACUUGAUGUUUUGGUGUCAUUUCGAAACAUUUCCGUUCUUCUUUUUUCUUUUUUUUUUCACAAAAAACCCAUAAUUUCGCUUCACAAAAAGUUUUCCCAAAGGAUUUUCAACAAAAAAUUUUUUCCUCAAUUUUUCAAGGAACCAAAAAUUACAAGUUAACUCAUCUGGAAUUAAUUUUUCAUUGUUUUUUGAUUCCAAAAAACCGCAGAAAAAAUGAGGUUAAAGAUCAAUUUAGAAUUUGAGCAAAAAGUUAUUGUCUCUGACUCACUAAUGAAUUUUUUCUCGUUUUUUUUUUGAAAAAGAGAAAAUAAUUGCUCGACGAGUGGAAAUUAUUAUUAAUUUUUUGAGUUUUUUUCUUUGGAAAGUCCGGGGGAAAUUUGAAAAUUCAUUUAAAAAACAUAAUUUUGAAGAAAUUAACUUAGCAUUCUGUAUUUUCAUUGAAAAAAAUUCAUAGAAAUUUUGAAACAGUGAAAAAUUUAUUGUAUCUCUGGAUUUUAAUGUGAAACGUGUUUAAAAUUAAUUUAGUUGAAAACUAUUUUUUAAAUCGGGAAAUUUUUGGAGUCAACCUUUUGAAGUCAAUCAAAGUCGUCAUUACAUUAAAAAUAGGUUCAAAAUCUUUAUAAAAAUUUUGAAACAGUGAAUUUUUUAGGAGAAACUGAACAGCCCUUUUAUUUCUAUCAGUUCAGUUUUUGGUCGGAAAAUUUUAAUUUUUAAAACAAUUUUAAAAUGUUUCGAAACAACCAUUACUCGAAAAAUCAGAAACUGAACCUAGAAUCUUUGAAACAGUGAAAAAAUUAGCUUGAAAAUUUAUUUUUGGAAUCAACUUUUUCUAAGCUCAUUGUUAUAUGAUUGUUUGAAAAAUCGGUUCAAAAUAUUUGUGAGAAUUUUGAAACAGUAAAAAAAUAACAUUCAAAAAGAAUAAUCAAUUUAAAUUUUUCAAAAAGUUUCCUGAGCCUCGAAAAAAAUCAAGUUGAUUCCAAAAAAUAAUUUUUCAAACAAAUUUUUUCACUGUUUCAAAGAUUCUCGGUUCAAUUUCUGAUUUUUCCGAGUAAUGAUUGAACAUUAAUAUUGUUGAAUUAAAAACAGGUGAGAAAUAAAAAACUAGGUCAAGUGAUGUGGAUUUAAAAACAGUAUAGGUAGCCAUGUCGUCAGUUGCGAUGCGUGUGGGCGACACGUUUUUAGAAAUGAAAAUUUGGAAAAUCCAAUGGAAAAUAUCGAGGUCAACACGCAACGCAGAACCGCAUCGCGACUGACGACAUGGCUACCUAUACUGUUUUUAAAUCCACGUCACUUGACCCAGUUUUUUAUUUCUCACGUGUUUUUAAUUCAAUAAUAUAACAUUUUUAAAAAAUAAAAAAAAACUGAACUGAUAGAAAUCAAAAAGCUGUCCAGUUUUUCCUAAAAAAAUUCACUGUUUCAAAUUUUUUAUAAAAAUUUUGAGCUUAUUUCUCAAGCAAUCAUCAUUAUAGGCUCUAACUCAAAAAAAUGUUCUGAUUUCGAUUUUUGUGAAUUUUCAUUGCUCCAAACAAUUUUCAGAAUUUAUGUAUGAAAUUAAUUGUUUAGUUUUUUUUAAUUAGUUAUCCAAUUUUAUGAAAAAUGACAACAAAGGAUUGAAUUAAUAAAGUAUUAUCAAAAUAAAAAAAUUUGGCAAAAAAACGGAACCCAGAAAUUCAAAUAACACUCUUCCCAAGUACGGUGUUUCUUUCAGUCGCUGCGAGACCCAUAUGUGCGUCUUUGACUUUGUUUCUCUGCCCAAUGAUGUGGUCUCGAAACGGUGUUAGUGACGCAGAGGAAUACCGUACUUGGGGAAAUUGGAAUUCGAAUUUCUCGCUUCUCUUUUUUUGCCAAAUUUUUUUACUUUGAUAAUAUUGAAUUAAUCUAAUAAAUUUCAAAAAAGUCUCUACAAUUUCUCAAAUUUUUGAAACAGUGAAAAUUAAAAAAAACUCAAAAAAAAACGUGACGUGACCUCCCAAUUUUUGCCACAUUUUUUUUCACAAAAAAAUUCAAAAACCACUCAUUUCUAAUUUGUGUUCCGUCCUUGUCUUGUGAGUUUGUUUUUCUGAAUCUGAAUCCAAAAAAAAUUUUCCAAAAUCCGAAUAUUUCAGACGAAUUCAAUUCAUAUGUGACGGUCAAACUACAAAACGUGAAAUCGACAACAGUUGCAGUUCGAGGCAACUUGCCGUGUUGGGAACAGGAAUUCAUUUUCGAAACAAAUCGACCCGAUGAUGGAAUGGUGCUAGAAUUAUGGGCGAAAGGUGUUUUAUGGGACAAAUUGAUAGGUGUUCAUUUUAUGCCGUUAGGUGAAGUCAAAUUUAAGUGAGUUUUUUUUUGGUUCUGACAUGAAACAGUAUUUUUUUUUUGAUACCAGGAAGAUUGAUAUAUUAUUCAGGGGUUCACAAAUUUUCAAAAAAUAUUGGAAACUUAUUUCCUUCUUCAAUUUUUUCUUAAUUAUUUCGAAAUAUUGUUUUCUAGUUUCGAAUCACAAAAAUUUACAAAACGAAUUAUUUAUGAAAUUUUUGAAACAGUAAAUUUUUGAUAACCACACCUUUUUUUUAAUCAUUUUCACAGAUUCCCCAAAAAUUAUAUGAUUAUUUUGAAACAGUGAAUUUUUUUGUGUUUUUUUAGAUGGUUGAGCUGAGUUUUGAACAAUGUUAAACAGAAACAUAUCGUUUUCGAAAAUCAACCAAAAAUUUAUAUAAAAUUUUUGAAACAGUAAAUUUUCGAUAUAAUUUUUUGAAAAUUGGCUUGAAAUUUUGAAACCAGGAGACUUAUCGAUUCUAUUUAUGUAUAAAUAUUGUUGUUUUUUUCUUGAAACAGUAAUUUUUUGUGUUGAAAAUUGUAUUUUUUGUGAAACAUUUGAAAUGAUUCAUGCAAGAGCAGCAUCGUUUUCUCGAUUUUCCCAAUUGUUAUCUUAUUUUUUUGAAACAGUAGAAAAUUUGAACAAUUUUCUGUAUUUUUUCCUUGAAAAAAAUAUUUUUCGAUCUUUCGAAAAUUCAAAAAAUCAGAAAAUAUUUUGACGUCAAUUCGAAAAACACCUGUUCAAAAAUAAAUACAUCCCAAAUGUUUUCGCCAAAAUUUUUGAACUCAAUUUUUGUUGCAGCAAUAUCGCUGGUGCUGGUCAAUGGCUUCAAAUGGAUCACGAAUUGGAGACGAAAAACGGCCAAACAAUUGGAACUCGCGGACCAACUGGACAUAAUCUACUGGCUGAUGUUCGAUUCGAACUUCCGUUUGGUUAGUUUUGGGAGGGGGGGAUUUUUCAAGUUUUGAGGUCUAAAAAUGUAUUAUUUAUUUUUGAAACAGUAGGAAUUUUUAAGCAUAUGAGAAGCAGGAAUUGAAGAUUAAAAAUUGCAAAAAAAAUAUAUUAAUUUUGAAACAGUGAAUUUCUGGAGAACAUUUUUAAAAAUUUUUCAAAGCUCAAAAAUACACGUGGAUUUUUACUUGAGAAUUUUGCUAAAUAAACUAAUGUUUUUUGUUUCAAAAAAAAUAUUUAAAUUUUUCGAAACAGUGAGAUUUUUCAUAAUAACCAGGCCAUUGAUUAAAUUCUGAAAUUCAGAAUUUUUAUGAGAAAACUUUGAAACAGUGAAUUUUUCAUGUGAUUUUUUUACUGUUUCAAACUAUGAAAAAUAUUAAAAAAAAAAAAAAAAAAAUAUGAAAUUUGAUUUCUAGACCAAUACGGUGAAUAAUUUUCAUCAAUAAAAAAAUUCACUGUUUCAAAAUUUUCAUAAUUUUUCUGACGCUUUUUGAUGAAUCGUAAUUCAAUUUUUUCACAAGUUCAAAUUAAAUUUGAAAAAAAACAUUGACACGUGGAUUUUUAAGUGUUUCUCUGCGUCUCUAACCUCACUCUAGCUUCUCUAACACUCUGUACCUUCUCUGCGUCUCCCACCUUCCAGGGUUUGGAUUCUCUGCCUCUCACAAAACUCUAGUAUCUCUAACCUCUCUAGCUUCUCUAAAAUCUCUCGCUUUCUAACUUGAAGACCAGGCCAUUAAUUAAAUUCUGAAAUUCAGAAUUUUUAUGAGAAAACUUUGAAACAGUGAAUUUUUCAUGUGAUUUGAUUUUUAGACCAAUGUGGUGAAUUUCUAUGUAUUUUCAUCGAUAAAAAAUUCACUGUUUCAAAAUUUUCAUAAUUUUUCUUCCAAUUUUUUGUAUUUCAAUUUGGGACCAUUUUUGAUGAAUCGUAAUUCAAUUUUUCACAAGUUCAAAUUAAAUUUGAAAAAAAACAUUGACACGUGGAUUUUUAAGUGUUUCUCUGCGUCUCUAACCUCACUCUAGCUUCUCUAACAUCUCUCGCUUUCUAACUCUAUACACUAUUUUUGGCGCCAAUUUUUUGGUCUAUUCUGGUUCAAAUUGUUGUUGUUGUUGUUGUUUUCUUCUCCAAUAUUUCUGUCUAUUUUUUCCAGCUUCUUCCAUGUUUUUCCUCCUAUUUUUUGCUGUUUCUUUCUUCCCAAAGUCAGUGUCCAAGAGAAACGCAAAACAAAAAAAAACAAAACGAUGGGCUCGAUUCGUUUUCGCUGCUCGGCGUGCGCGCGCGAUAAAUCUUUGUGCCAAACCACCACACUAAUUACGAGACACACACUCGCCUUUUGCUCUUUUUUCUAGCUCUCGCUGUUUUUUUUCGACUUUUUUUUUGACUUUUUAUAGUUUUUUGGACGAAUUUGCGAAGUUGGUUAGAUACUAGAGAUGCUAGAGUUGUUAGAGACGCAGAGAAGCUACAGUGUGUUAGAGAAGCUAGAGUAAAUUAGAGAUACUAGAGUUGUUAGAGACGCAGAGGAUUAGAGAACCUAGAGUAAAUUCCAAAAAACCACCCUAAAAAGCUCUAGUUCUUCUAACUCUAGUUCAAAAAUCCAAUUUUCCAUUUUUUUUUCCCUCAAAACCCAAAAAAAGUGCGUUUUAUGACCCUCUCAAUUGUUUUUUCUUCCUUCUUUCUUCCAACUUUUUCUAGUUGGAGAAAAAAGAAGAAAAAACAGUAUGAAAAUUUUCACUGUUUCAAAAAAUGUUUUUAUUUUUUGAGAAAUUUGGAUUUUUCAAUGCUUGUAAGAGGUUGUAAGAAAUUUAUUUUUGAAAAUAUAAAAUUGGAAUUGUAAGAGUCUAGAAAGUCUGGGGCAAUUUUUUAAUGAAAUUUUUUGAAAAUUAUAUUUUUGUGGCAUAAAUUCAAGAAGCAUCAAUUUUUGAAAUUCCCUCAAAUCUUAGUUUUCCUCUGAAACAGUGGAUUUUUUAAAAAGUUUUUUUGUGAAUUUUUGAGAAAACAGAAUGACGGUUAUACUGAAAUUUAGUAUAAAUUCUAAAUUUUUUGUUUUUUUUUGAAACAGUGAAUUUUUUUUCACAACAAUUUUUCACUUUUUGAAUUUUUUGAUACGAAGAACUCGAAUACGGGGCCAAAAAUCCACGUUUGAAAAAAUGUUUAAAAAUUCCCACAAUUUUUGACUCAAAAAUUAUUCUUUUCCCAUUUUUUCUCCUACCAAAUAGAAAGAAAAACAAUGAAUAAUAACAAAAAAUAAUAUUUUUUCGUCUCAUUUUUUGGUUCUUCUUCUUCAUUUUUUCUUCUUCUAUUUUUGCUGAAAAAAUAACUGCUGAAAAACAAAAAAAAAACAGCGAAAAAGGAGAAAAAGAAGAAGUCGUUAACGUAUAAUUGCAUAUUGUCCUUCUUCGUUUUUUCGUCUCUUUUUUCUCGAUCCUUGCUCAUUUUUUGACUUUUCGCCAUCUUCUUUGUAGUAUAGAUAUCAGGUUUAACUUUUUUUUUGGAGCCAAACAUUUUUGAAAUAAAAAAUUUACACUGUUUCAAAAAAUAUAUAAGACUCUUGAGAACUUUCACAUUUUGUUAACAAAGUUUUGAAAAUCUGAAAAUUUCACUGUUUCAAAAAAAAUGUUAAAUUUCUGAGAAAUUUCAUUCAAAAUUGAUGAGCUUGUAAUUUUUUAACGCAAUUAUUUUUUGUGUAAAAAAUUCACUGUUUCAGAAAUAAAUAUAAUUUUUUCUGGAAAAUUUUGAAUUUGAUGAUCCAGAAUUUAGGAAAUAUGGAGUUAUAAGAAUAUUUUCCUCUGGAAAAUUUUGUGAAAAAAUUGACUGUUUCAAAGAAAACACAAAAAUUGAGAAAACUCAGAAAUUUGAUUUUUUGUAAAAUUAAUUUUAAAAUUUCCACGUGUUCUUUCACGCCUAAAUUUAUGAAUUUUCAAAUUUCAAAUGGGUCAUUUCGGGCUCCAAAAUUUAUUAUUUUUGAAAUUUUUUUUGAUCUCCUCUCCCCGCUAUUUCUUAGUAUAUCUAUCAAUUCUUAUUUCUUUUUCGUCUCUUUUUUUCUGCCCAAAAAUUCAGCGACUUUUUUUGUGUUGGAGAGAGGGAGAAUGACAAUUGAUUGAGUUAUUUACUCGCCUUUUUUGGUCUUAUUUUUUUCAUUUUUAUUUUAUUUUUGCUCUAUUCUUCUUUCUAGUUGAGCUAAGUUUUUUUUUGAUUUCCACGUGGAUUUCUCUCGCUUCAAAAUUUAUAUUUUUGAUUUUCUUUCUGAAGAUUCUUUGACAUUUUUGCUACUAAAAAUGAGUAACACUCGAAAAUGUAUUAAAUUUCCAAUUAAUUUUGAGUCGCGCGCCGAAAAAAAGCACGCCAAAAAUAAAAAUAUCAGAUUCUCUCACACAAGGUGUUUGUUUAUUAUAAAUAUAUAUCCAUAAUUGUUUUUCACUUUUUUUGUGGGAAAAACAACGGGUUUUCCGGUUUCUUUUUUGAAAACAUACAUUUUUUCCUGCAACGUAUAAGAAAAAAAGAGAAAAGUGCACUAGAUUUAUCACCGACAUUUUCGCAUAGGGAACUCGUGCGCCCGGUUAGCUCAGUCGGUAGAGCACCAGACUCUUAAUCUGGCUGUCGCGGGUUCGAGCCCCGCAUCGGGCUGAUGCAAAUAUUUUUGUUUUUUUUCCCAAACAAAAAAAUACAUUUUUCGAGUGUUAGUCUCAUUUCUAAUAGCAAAAUUGUAAAAAUGUCAUUUCGAAUCUUGAAAAAAGCAAUAACGAGCUGAGCUGAGAUUGAGCCCCGCCGCAGAAUAGCAGAAAAAUAAAAUAAAUAAUAGAAAAACCAAGGCCGUUUUUCAUCGCGAAACCCAUGUAUUUGACACAUUUUAUUUAUUCAUUUCAUGUCUUUUUUUUCUAUUCCGAGCAGAAAAAAAGAGCAUUUUAGAUAUGUAUAAACACGAUAUCAUACGUCUUUUUUUUUCGAGAUCUCUCAAAAGUCCGCACUUUUUUAUUGAUCCAAAAAUUUUAUACAUCUCUAGCCAGGUUAAACUAGAGUCUAGUUUGACUCACCCUUAUUCAUUAAAUCAAACUACAUAAGAACAGUUUAUCUCUUUUUCCCCUGUCACUCUCUCAUUUUUCCUUACUCUCUUGCUCAGAAAAACAAACGUGGCAAUUCAAAGUUUGAAAAUGUCUGUCUAACAAAAAUUUUCCCGCCCUUUUUUCAUCGUUCCUAAACGAAACAUUUUCUUCUGCUUCUUCUUUUCUUUUGUUGUGUCGAGCCCAAAAAAUUGAAUUAUCAAAAAAGAUUUUCGAACAAAAAAACGUCUUUUUUUUCCAGAUGCUCAAGGUUGUGACGGCGAAUCGAAACUGCAAGCAUUGAAUCAGGAACAUUUCGACAACGAUCAACUGGCGGCCAAUUCACAUUACCAUAGAGCGCCUUUUAAUCAUUGUGAGUUUUUGGAUUUUCAACAAAAAAAACCCAAAAACCUAAAUUCUUUCAGCCGGGUUGAGCGAGGAUAGCGAUUAUACAUCCGACGUGUCGUUUCCCAUCAAUCAUCAAUUGCAUCCCAAUUCCUCAGCACAUCAAUACGAAUCACAUUUGCAUCCACAUCGCAGCAAUCGCAAUUCGCUGUUUCAUUCUCGUGACGCGACAGUGAGUGAAAAUUUAAAAAAAAGUUUGCUCGCAUCGGGGUUCGAACCCGCGGUGCAAAACGUGUGUGAUUGUGAGGCGCGUGUGUUAGCCACUUGUACACGCGUGCUUGAAAAAAUGCGAUGCGAUUUUUAUAUUUGAGAAGCGUCUUGCAAAAAAUAACCCGAUUAGACGUUGCAGGCGAGUUAUGAGGACGAAGAAGACGCGUAUCACGCGAGAAACAAUCAUCAACAACAAUAUUACAAUCAGGACCAAUACGGUGAGUUUUCUGGGGGGCAGGGGAAACCGGGAAAAAUGGAUAAUUUUUGAUGGAAAAUCCCAGGGGGACAAGAGAAGUGCAAAAAAUAUUCCGUUUUCAACUAUACUUUCGUUUUGCCUUCUUUUUUUCGAGAUGGAAAAAAAGAUUCAAAAAUCACAUGUUUCAAAAAAUAUGAGGGUCCCAAAAAUCCUUUCUUUUUUGUGUUCAAAAAUUAUUUUGUGACGUGAAAAUUUUAAAUAUUUAUCUGAUUUUUGCCGCUUAGUUACUUCGGAAACACAUCGAAUUUCAAAAAUUCCUCAGAAAUCUUACUUUUUCUUUGAAACAGUGAAUUUUCCACGGCGCAAAUUUUUUCAAAUUCCAAUUUUUCUCUCAGACUCAAAUCAACAAUACGAGGACACGGUGACUCCGGUUCGCGAAUUUGACGAUGGUGGCGAUGAGCCACCACCCAUUAAUAAUUAUUAUGGCGGAGGUGGCGGCGGUCCAUCGACUUCUCGAGGCGGAUAUUCUUCUUCAUCGACGAUGAUUGAAGAUGUAAGUGGAACAUCAAAUGGUGGAUUGAUUAUGAUGAUGGCUGGAGCUGGAGCAUCGAAUGGUGGAAAUGUGAGAAAUGAUCCGAUUAUUGAGCAUGAAGAGCCUGAAUAUGGUGAGUAUGGAAGAUUUUUGGAUCUAGAAUUUUUUCACUGUUUCAAAAAUUUUUUUAUAUUUUUUGAAACUUUUGUAAAGUGGUUCUCGUGUACUUUGAUUGUGAGGGGAAUUUUUUUAAAAGAAAUUUUACUGUUUCAAAAAAUUCAUAUGAUUUUUGGAGGCUUGUGAGAUUUUGAUAAAUUGCAUAUGAUUUUCGUAUUCCAAAGAAAUUACCUGUUUCAAAAAAAUUAUAUAUCAUUUUGAGGCAUUUUGAGAAAUUGCUGCAAGAAAAAAAUUGAGAAAAAAUUUCACUGUUUCAAAAAUAUUGUAUAAUUUUCACUGGUUGGAAAAUAUUCAAUAGAUGAAUUCUUCUUAAUGAUUGAGAAACUUUGAUUUAUGAUGUACCAGUUUUUGUUAAUUUCUAAAUUCUGUAAAAAUUCCACUGUUUCAAAAUUUUAACAAAAAAAACUAUUUUUCUGGAAAACUUUGAUGGUAUUUUCUUCUAACAAAAAAAUGAUAUAUUUUUUUACUGUUUCAAGAACUUGGAUAUUCAAAAUUCAAGUCUUAUUGAACUAAAAAUCAUGAAAAAAAAUUUUAUUCUCAAUUUUUUCACUGUUUCAAAUAUUGUAAUUUAAAAAAACCUUGAAAUAAAAUCGGUAAUAAUCUUCUACUGACGAGUUCAAAAAAAAAUGUUCACUACAAAUUCAUUUUCAGUCUACAACAAUGGAUAUAAAGAUGAAAUGGACGAUGAAGAUCAUUUCGGUCACAAUCCAACAUAUUCCGAAGAUGCUCAUUUUAGUGGUGGUGGAACAAAUCGAAUUGAAGACGAAUAUCGCGAUGAAUAUAAACAACAAUAUCCGGGAGAAUAUUGGAAUGAAUCUGCUGCUGAACCACUUUCUUAUAAUAGUCGGCCGCCGAAUGGGCAUGUUAAAACGUGGGUUUUUGUUUUUGGGAAUUGGAAAUGGGGGGUUAUCCAAAAAAUCACUGUUUCAAAAAUUAUUCAAUAUUUUUGAAUUUUUGAAUCUUAUUAGUUGGAUCUUUCCAUAUUCUUAUGAAUAUAAGAGGCUUUCAUUUUCAUUAUUUUUAUUUAGAAACAAAUAUUUUCAAAUUCUUCCGGAAAACUGUACAUGUUCAAAAAAUAAUCAAAUUUUGAUAAUAACCAAAAAAAAUUCAAAUGUAUAUUAUUUUUGCAAAAAUAGUUGUUUCUCUUUCUCAAAAGCUUCCACAUCAAAAAAAUUCCAGUCAAAAGCUUCCAAAUAAAAGACUAUCAUUAAUUAAAAAGAGGGUAGAAAAAAUGUAAAUUUUUCAGGAAAUCCCAAAAAAUGCACAUUUUGGAAGAAAUAAUAAAGAAAAUGUAAAUUUUUUGGGGAUUUCCUAAAAAUGUACAUUUUUGACAAAAAAAAAGAUGAGGGGUCACGAGAAAACAAAUAUUUCCAUUCCGUUUCUUAUGAAACUGUUUCUGGGAAAUGAAUGUUUUCAUUGAGCGUGAUGCCCUACAUUUUUAUCUACACGCGAAUCAGUUCGCACUCUCUCGAUUAUUUCAUUUCUGCUUCUCAAAAUACCAAUAAAAAGCAGACUUUUUCCAUGUCUGCAAUUUGACGUGAAAAUAAAAAAUACAAAUGUAAAUUUUUAAGGGAACCCUGAAAAAUGCACAUUUUUUUGGAAAAAUUCUUCACGCAAAAUGUCAAUUUUUCGGGGAUUUCCUAAAAAUGUACAUUUUUUCUAGAUGUUUUCAUGAAACAUUUAUUUUAAAAUGUACAUUUUUCGGGGUUUCCUGGAAAAUUUACAUUUUAUUUUGUUGUUAAAUCUCUUUGUUCCCCAACAUCAAGUUUAUAAAUCCUCCUUAUUAAAAACAUUUGAACUUAAUACAAAAUAAAAACAUUGAAGCAAGUGAAAAAAUUGGAUUUGAAAUUUUUUAAUGAAUAAAAAAUAUUUGUUCGAAUUUUUGUACAUAAUUUUAGAAUGUACGUUUAUUUUGUAGAUUUUAAAUGCUCGAUGACAAUUGUACAAGGAUUAAACAAUUUUCAAAAAAUUUGAUGAAGUUAUCCGAAUAAUGAAAAUUAAAGCCUCUUAUAUUUUCAAAUUAAAAAAUUCACUGUUUCAAAAAAUUUUUAAAUAUAUUUUUCAAAACUAAUAUUCAGUAAAUUUCACACACAACUUACUUAAAAUGAAAGAAUUUUUCUCAUCUAAAAAAAUUCACUGUUUCAAAAAAUUUAUAUAAUUUCUUUGAAACUCUCAAAAUUAUUCUUUUCACAAUUUUCAGAAAUGAAAAAGUAUUCGAAAAUUCAUGAAGUUUACUUUUCCCGUACUAAAAAAUUCACUGUUUCAAGAAAAAAUAAAAAAUAUAGAAAAUUUUUUAUUUUUCCCUAUGAUAAAUUCACUGUUUCAAAAAUAAUAAACAACUUUUCAAGUAUGUUUUAAAAUCCAUUACAUUAGCUUUAGUUAUUAUUCCAAAAUUCAAAAAAAAACUUCACUGUUCCAAAAAGGAAUUUUCUGAAUUUUAUAAAAUUGUAUCAGGGAAUUCCAAGAAUAAAAACAUUUUCCACAACAAAAAUUUCCCUCAAAACCCUCAAUUUUUCCAGCGGAAUCCCCAGCGCUUCCUCAUCUCGCCCAACAUCUUCACAAGCUUGGAAUUACAAUGAUGACGCACAUCCAUAUGAUGAAGUUGAUCGAGGUUCGAGAGUCUCAUUUACACGAACUCCCUCAAUUGAUAAACCGGAUAAUCGAAGAAGUGAUAGUGGAAAUGGAUAUUAUGAUGAUUAUCCGAAUGAUAGGUUUGUGAGACGGGGGGGGGUUUGGAGGAAAGAAGACAUUCAUUUCAUCACUCGAAUAUUUCAAGAAUUAGUUUUGAAAUAUUUUUGAAACAGUUGAUUUUUUAUUGAAAAAAUUGCAAUUUUUUAAUACAUCAACAGGAGAAUUAUUUAUGAAAAUUAUGAGAAAAUAUUUGGUACAAAGUUGAAACAGUGAACUUUUUUUUGUUAUAACCAAUGUAUUGAAAUGUAUAACAGAAGAAGUUAACAGUUUUCAAAAAAGCAGAAAAAUUUUUAAUGAUAAUUUUGAAACAGUGAAUUUUUUCUCAAAAUUUUAUUUUUUGAGAAAAAUAUUGUUUCUAUGAUGGAAUUGACACUAUUUUCAAAAAUUCGAAAAAAAUUAUUAGAUAAUUUUGAAACAGUGAAUUAUUUCAUCAGUGUGAAAAAAAAAAUUUCAGAACUUUUUCAUUUAAAAACAAAAAUCAGAAUAUUUUUCAAAGAUGUUAGAUCAGAAAAAUUCCAGAAUCAAUAUGUAUUCAUGAUUUAUUAAUUUUUUGAAACAGUGAAAUUUUCAAAGUUCAAUAAAAUUCAAAUUUGUUUUGCAGUUCCCGCCGCCCCGAUUCUCACCACAAUUGGAGAUAUGAUUCGAUUCAAGAAGAGGACAAUGAAAAAGAUAAUUGGCGUCAAAAUGUGGAUUCGUAUGAGACUGAAAAUGCUUCGGAAAAUCGCGAUCAUUUGGGACCACUUCCAACUGGAUUCGAGAAUUCGCCGCAUGGAAAUGAUAUUGUUAGGUUGGUGGAUGGAUUUUUUGGGGGGAGAGAAUGCCACGUGGCACAAAAUUGGUUCAAAUCUAUGAUAGUUCGUCAAAUCUAUGAUAGUUCGAUUCAUUGAAAAUCUGGGAAAAACUUUAGAAAUUGAAAAUUUUUUGAAACAGGGAAAUUUAUUCCACAACAGUUCAUUUUUUGAUUCAAAAAAUUCCGAAUUGAAAAUUUUUUGAAACAGUGAAAUUUUUGGAAAUUUUUUCUUGCAAAAUGAAAUUUUCCACGUGGCAAAAAAGUUUUGAUUAGCAUUUUGGAAUAUAUUCAGAGAGAACUAAUCGAACAGAAAUCUUGAAAAUUUGUAAAAUUUGAAAUAUUUUUGAAACAGUGAAAAAAGAAUGUUUUUCGCCACAUUUUUUUGGGGGGAGGCAAAUUUCGGCGGUUUUUGGCCCAAAAAUUGGUUCAAAUCUAUGAUUGGAUUUUUUUCAUCUAUUCAUUGAAAAUCUGGGAAAAAAUUCAGAAAUUGAACACUUUUUGAAACAGUGAUUUUUUUUUCCAUUUUAUCGAUCAAUGUACAAAUCGAGGUAUUCAAAAAAAUUCCGAAUUGAACUUUUUUUUGAAACGUAAAAAUUUUUGGAAAUUUUUUCUUGCAAAAUGAAAUUUUCCACGUGGCAAAAAGUUUUAAUUAGAAUUUUGGACAAAUAGAGCGAACAGAAAUCUUAAAAAUUUGUAAAAUUUGAAAUAAUUUUGAAACAGUGGAAAUUUCUAGAAUUUUUUUUGCCACGUGGCAUCCCAGAAAUUUCAAAUUUUUUUGAAACGUAAACAUUUUUGGAAAUAUUUUUUGUGAAAUUUUCAAAUUUGCCACGUGGAUUUUUGGUGCCAAAAAAAAUUCGAGAAUAUUUUUUUAUCAAUUAGAGAAAAACUGAAAAUCUCAAAAAUUUUCCGAAUUUUCAGAUUUUUUUGAAACGUAAAAUUUUUUGGAAAUUUUUUGUUUGGCGCCAAUUUUUUUGCAUAUUUUGAUGCGAAUGCGAAUUGAAAUCUCGAAAAUUCCAAAAAUUUCAAAUUUUUUUGAAACGUAAAAAAUUUGGAAUAAAAUAUUUGACCAGCUGUUUUUUCUUUGAAUUUUGCUCCCAAACAUUUUUUUUUCACUGUUUCAAAAUAUGAUUGAUGAACCUGAUUUCUAGUUUUUAUGACUAUUUUUUCGCCAAUCAAAAUUUGGAAAUUUUCGCCCCAAAAAAAUGCAGAAGUUACAAGAAUUCGAGUGUAAAUUAAAAAAAUUUUUGCUUGAAAUUUUUUUAUCUGAAAAUGUUUCAGCCAAACAAUUGAGGAGGAAGAGGAGAAGAAGAAUUUUCAAGAAUUGUGGCAUUGGGCCUAUAAACAAGUGUGCUCAAAUUUGGGUUUUAAGGUUAGUUUUGGUGGGGAUUUGGGGGCCAGAAAUGGGUCCGGGCUCAUUUUUUACCCCUGGGACAGAAUUUGGGGCCCCAGGCUUAUUUUUAGCCCUAUUUUGGCCCCCUGAGCCAUUUUUGAACCCUUUUCCAAAAAUAAACAAGGAAAUAUCGUCUUCUGGGAAUAUUUUUUGAAAAAAAAGAAAAUAAAUCAAAAAUUUUUGUGAGCGUGGGUUUUUCUUUUGUUUCGAAAAGAGUUGACAUUUUCAAUUUACGUCAAAAUUUUUCCAAUUUUUUUGUUCUCAUUUUUUUUUCAUUUCUAACCUAAAAAAAUGUUCUCUUUGUUUUCAUUUUCGCGCAUGCAUUUUAUUGAUUUUUUGUGAAAAAAGAAGAGAGCAGCUUUUUCCCGUUUAAUUAGCAAAAUUUAUUUAUAUAUGUUUUUUUCAGUUUUUUUUAUUCAUCUGCGGUUUUUUCUCUGAGCAAUAAUUCACGUGGAAAAACAUAUUGACGCUGAAAUUUUUGAAAUUUUUUUUGAAAUUAUUUUUUUGAAGCUCGCCUGAUUGUUAACAUUUUUGUGAAAAAUUUUCGAAAUAUAAUUUUUCUUUGAAACAGUGAUUUUUUUCUAAGAAUUUAGAAGUUUGCCGGAAAUUUGGAGGACUUUUUCUUGGAUUUCAUUUUUUUCCAUGCUGAAAACAUUCUCUGUUUUAAAAAUUGUCUGAAAACUCUGAUAAAUAGAAAAAAAAAAUCCAGUUGAACUCUAGAAUCUGAAUUGACAUCCUCAACGUUUUUCAGAAUUUUUGAAAAAUCAUAAGGAAAUUUUGAAACAGUGAGAUUUUUUUUGUUGCAAAAUUCUUAAUUUUCCCCCGGAAAUUUGAAUGAUAUUUUGAACUCUCUGAAGCAAAAAGAAAAUUGAUUACAAUUUAUCAGAAGUCGGAUUUUUUUUUUGAAAAUUAUCAUUUUACGUAUUGCCGAAUUUUGUUCAAAUGAAAAUUUUAGGGAAUUUUUGAAACAGUGAAUUUUUUCUUGUUUUUUUUUACUGGAGACAUUUUGAGUUUCUCCGAGCGAAAUUUGUUUAAAAAAUAUUUUAAUUCAUGUAAAUUUUGAAACAGUAGAUUUUUUGGAAUCGAAAAAUUCUGAAACUGACAUUUUUCUGUAAAUUAUUGUUUUAGCUGAAUUCCUCUAUGCAUAUUUAAUUAAAUUUUCCAAUCCAAAAAAUAUUACGUGAUUUUUGAACCAGUAGAUUUUUUUUCUCGAAAACCACAAAACACAAAAAGAUUAUUUUUUCUUCAAGCGGAAAUUAGAAAUCUCUUUUUUUUUGCAGCUGAUUUUUUUUAUCAAGAUUUUUUUCUGAAACCUAACCUACAAUUACAAAUUUUCUGAAACAUGUAUAAUUUGUAACCCGGGUUACAAAAUUAUAGGUUUCCAGAAUUUUCAGCCUCCUCAACUGAAAAUUUUUUUAACCAACCAAAAAAUUUUUGGUGCCCUGGAAAAGUUCAAAAAUUUGUCCCAAAGGACACAUUUUCUCUGCCAGAAUUUUUUUGGGGGAUUUCCAAAAAAAAAGAAAAUUUAACGACUUUUGUGGUGGCUUUUUUGGCCACCUGAUUCAAUUUUUUCUUUAAUUUUAUUUUAUUUGGCACACGGAUUUUUGGCUCUAAUUUUUGUCAGAGAAACUUUGUUUUUUGACUUGGAAAUGCCAAAAAACAUGAAGAAAUUUCUCAUUUCCUGUCGAUUUCCGGAAAAGACCAGAAAUAUUUUUGAACGAGAAUAGAGAUUGUUUUUUUUUGAGUGAAGAAAUUUGGAUUCAGAAAAUGCCAUUAAAAAAUUUUACGUAAUUUUUCACCUGGAAUUUUUUUUUUCGAAAGGUUCUAUUUUUUACUUGGAUUUGAUUCAAAUGUCGAUUUUUGAAACAGUGAAUUUUUUAGAGUCAUAACAGGUUUCUGAAGUUUCGAAAAUUAUUUUUUUUUCGUAUUGUUACAUAUAGCUUCAAAAUUAUCAUCCGAAAACUUAGGAGAAUUUUGAAACAGUGAAUUUUUUUUGACAUACUUUCAUUAAUUUUUUAAUUGGAAAGUAAGCUCAAAAUAUGCUUUGAAAAUUAUCUUUUUGUUUUAUUUUUCGUGGCACAAAGGAAAGAGUCAUCAGCUUUAAUAAUUCUUCCAAAGAUUAAGUAGAAUUUUUGAAACAGUGAAUUUUUUUCAAUAACUUUUUCUCCGAAAAAUUAUUUAAUUUGGAUGUUACAAUAAAUUUUCUAAUAAUUAUUCCCAAAAAUCCACUGUUUCAAACAUUUCUUAUGAAAUUUCAGAAUAAUUUUUGAAUAAUGAAACCUUUCAAAAAUGAAAUAGCAAAAUAAAAUCUUGAAGUUAUAACAAGUUCUGAAAUUGAUUAAUAUUCUCUUUCUAGUUCUAAAAUACAAGAAAAAAAAUUACAGAUUCAUCCAAAAAAUUUCAAAAAAAAAUCUACUGUUUCAAAAUUUAUUAUAUUUAUUUAUUUGAUAGGUUUUCGAUUAAUUCUGAAAAAAUUGUCAAAACACAAAGAAUUCCCUCAUUCCACGUGGAUUUAGCUCAAUUCUCCAGAAGUUUUUGUUCAUUCAUAACUUCACAUUCAAUUUUUUGUGCUCCUGGUCAUGCGCGAUGAAUUUUCAGCACCACCUAAUCAAAUUAUUCAGCUCUUUUUCCUCCCUUCUUCCUUUUUUUCUAGCCUAGUUCUCCCUUUUCUUCUGAAUUUUUCCGUGUUUUUUUUAGCGAAAAGUCACGCCUCUUCUUCUUCUUCUUCUUCGUUUUUUGAGCCAAAUGCUCGGCGAGCCGUUACAUUUUCCUCGCCGUUUUUUUUCGCGCCAUCCAUAUAUAUUUUCAUUUUUUUUUCAUGGAUAUAUGUUUUUUUGUAGUGCCACCGGGUUCCAUUGUUAUUUCAAUUGGCUGCGAGGUUUUUGAGCUAGGAAAAAUUGGAAAAAAUUCACUGUUUCAAAAUAUAUUUUGCAACUUUUUGGUAACAAAUUGCUCAAGAUAAUUUUUCUUAUGAAAAUUUUGAAACGUACAUUUUUAGGGAUAAUUAUUACUGUUUCAAAAAAGGUAUUACUAAAUUUUUGGUAAAUUCUUUUUCAAUUCGGCUAGCAAUCUUUGUAAAUUUUUAAAACAGUAGAUUUUUCUGAAUUUUUUUUCGCCAAAAUUGUGUAAAAUGUUUCCAAUCCGCCGAGCAAUUUCAGAAUUUCACAUUUUUAUCAAAUUUAUUUUUUGAAACAGUGAAAAAUUCAAAGAAAGGUCAACGAACAAAUCUAAAUCAAAACUUUUUUUUUAUCAAACUUUUGAAACAGUAGAUUUUUUCAAGCCCCUUUUUUUUACCAAAUAUAUCAAUUUUCCCACUUUUUUAUAGUUUUUGAACGUUUUUCUGAAAUAGUAAACAUUGAAAAAUUUAUCAUUUGUUAUCUCUGUAUUUUUUUCUCAUUAUAAUUUUGAAACAGUGAAUUUUUGAACCUCGAAAAAUCAUUAUUUUUUGAAAUUUUCAAGAAAAUUGUGAUUUUUCGUAUAAUUUUUGAAACAGUAGGAAGUUUUUGAACAAAGAAUCUAUAGUAUUAUAACGAAAUCCAUAAGACUUUUUUGAAACAGUGAAAUUUUCAAAAAACAAUUUUUCAGAGAAAAUAAUAACUACCAACUGUCAUUUGUAAAUUAUAUUUUUUAAUUUGAAUAUUUUUCAAACAGUGAAUUUUUUUCCACAUUUUGAAUCAACGAUGUUAAUCAGCGAUGUUUAUUAGUUCGAAAAUUCGCAAAAUUUCUUUAACAAAAUUUUGAAACAGUGAUUUUUUUUUUGGCUACAAAAAUUUGAAAUUGGUAUACUUCCAAACAUCGAAUGCCAAAGCUCAGUAAAAAAUUUUCAUUAAAAAAUCCUGAAACAGUGAAUUUUUGUGUUCUCUGAAAACUCAACCAAGAUGUCAUAAGUCAUCCUAUUUUUAGUGUUUUUUUCUGAAAAUCUCUGCUUAUCUGCAAAAAUCUCUUGAGAGAAGUUAUCCUAACUCUACAUAGUUCCAAAAAUCAGAAUGAACUCUUAUUUUUUGGAUAUCGCAGAAAAUUCUCCCCAGGAGGCCUUUUUUCUAUAAUAAUCGUAAUAAGGAUACAAAUUUUUUAGAAUACAAAAAUAUUUUUUUUGAUAUAUUUUCCAGUGGAAAAACUCUUUGAGAAGCUUGUGGUGGUGAGAAAAAAGUUCAAUUAUUUUUCUCAUUAUUUUUUUCAUCAUCAGCUCUCAAAACUAAAAUGAAAAUAAAAAGUUCAUGUGUUGUUUUUCCUCUUUUUUUUCUAUUUAUUUUUGGGUUCUCCCAUUCAUUUUUUAUUUUAUUUUUACUUUUGCUCAGGGCUUUUUUUAGUGCUCCAAAAAUUCUUUUUUUUUUUCAUUUUUCCGCCAGCUCAUUAAUAUUUAUUUAUGAAAAAAACACAACACAAAAUUUUAACUACAAAUUUUUCUUGGUUAUCGAUUUUUCUCCGAGAAAAAUUGGCUUCAUUUUCCAUUUUUUUUUUGAAAAAAAAAGUUUUUUUUUCAUUUUGUUGUGUUUUUUCUGCUCCAGCUUCUUCCAGCAAAAAAAAUGAGAAAAUCAAAUUAUUUUUUUCGCGCGUCAAGAAUUUUUUUUCCAUAAAUUAGAAAAAAAACUCUUGAAAAGAAGAUCUUGUUUUCAAGAGCGAGGUACUGUAGCUCUGCGUCUCUUGAUCUCUAAUCACUUGAUUUUUUGGAGCUCUAGGUGUACUCUGCGUCUCUCGCUAUCUCAUGUUCUCUAGCUCUCUGCGCCUCUCGAGGGAUUUUUGAUCUCUAAACACUAGAUUUUGCAGUGUUCUCUGCAUCUCUCACUUUUUUUCAUGUUCUCUAAUCUACUCUCGUUUCUCUGCUCCUCUCAUUUUGUCAUUAUCUCUAAGCGUUCUUGUUCUAUAGCUUCUCUGUGUCUCUCUAGAAUCAAUACUCUCUAACUUUCUCUAGUCGUCUGCACUCUCUUCAAGUAUCUGCGUCUCUCGAAAUUAUUGUGGCUGUAUUACUGCCUGCGUCUAUAAUUGCCCACUCUAAGUGUCUGGACUAACUUCUCUAACCUGCUCUCGUCGUCUGAUUCUCUUUAGCUAUCUCUAACCACUCUCAUUUCUCAUCAGUUACUCUAGUCGUCUGUACUCUCUUCACUAGCCAACUUUUGUUGUCUGCAUUCUUGUUCUCUAACCUCCUCUCGUCGUCUAAGCUCUCCCUUUUCUCUCACUUCCAAGAUGUUCCAAAUUGAUGUUGAACCUGUCAAAAAACGGCAAAGAACCUCUUGAGAAUCGGAAUAUUUUUGUCUUCUUGUGAAUAUUUUCCUGGUUUCUGUGUGUGUAGCAAAAAGGAAUAGUUAACUAUUCUCCACGGAGCUGACUAAGAAGAAAAAAAGUUUUUUUUCUCAUUUUCGCCUCGUCGUUUUUUUUUUCUGGUCCGAGAGUUAUGAGAAAAUGAAAAUAUUUACUAGAAAAAAUAUUUUUUCUUUUUUUUUUUUUUUUUUUUGCUCUGCUCUGGAUUGAAAUUGGAAAUUUGAUCAGAAGCUUUUUUGUUUUUUUUUCAACCCUGAUUCAAUUUUUCUCCUUUCUCUGAAAAUUUUUUUAUAGACAAAAAAAAAUAAUAAAAGGGCAUCUAUAAAUAAUUCUGAGAGCCUAUUACAGUAGCCAAAAUUGUUCCGUGUUUCGUUUCUCGAAAAAAAAAUUUUUUUUCUGCAAUCCUAUAAUUAUUUAACCUUACCCUAUUGUCUCGAUGUGCCUUGCUCUUUUUUUUUUUGAAAAAAAAAGGAAAAUUUUUGCUCCGAGAGCUCUAGAAGCGAAAAAUAUUGUUUUUUCUUUUUUAUAGAUUUUUUUUUUGCUUUGCCUAUGAAAUUUUUAUUUGGGUCGGUGCAUAAUUUGGUAUUUGUCUCUAUGACUUUUCUCUUUUUCGCUUUCUCUUCUUUUUUUUUUAGUUUUUUUUCGAACAAAAAGAAAAAAAUUUGAUACUAGAAAUAGCAAGAAAUUCGACACGCUUUUAAAAAUGCUAAAAGCUUUUUCUGGUUCCUGAAAAAAAUUGAAAUUCUGUUUUUUUGACGUUUGCUCUUGUGGUGUAGGGGGUAGUGGGUUUGAUUAGAGAGUUAGAAGUGCAGGGAUCAAUUCCUGGUGCCUGCGGUUUUUUUUUCGAAAUGAAAAUUGGUUGGUGUAGUGGUAACAUCACUUGUUGUUGAGUUAGAAACCUGAGUUCGAUUCCUAGUGCCCGCAAACUUUUUUUUUGAAUUUCUAUCUUGCCACGUGGCUUAGUAGGUAGUGGGUUUGAUUAGAGAGGAAGAGGUGCGGGGAUCGAUUCCUUGUGCUCGCGAACUUUUUUUUUGAAUUUUUAUCUUGCCACGUGGCUUGGUAGGUAGUGGGUUUGAUUAGAGAGUAAGAGGUGCGGGGAUCGAUUCCUAGUGCCUGCGAACUUUUUUUUUUGAAUUUCUAUCUUGCCACGUGGCUUAGUAGGUAGUGAUUUUGACUAGAGAGUUAGAAGCGCAGGUUCGAUUCCCGGUGCCUGCAAACAUCUUUUUUCCCCCAAGUUUGUAUAAUGUUUUUAGUUAGCUCAAUUUCAAUUUCAAUUUUCAUUUUUUGUAUUUUUCUCUGCUCUCUCUCUCAACUUACCCCAACUCAUUUCUCAAACUCUAGAACACGUCGUCGCCGUUCUCUCCAAAUCAAUCGAUAAAAUCAUCAGACGAAAAGAAUCUGUUGCAAAAUCUGUUUUUGUAUCGACCAAAGUCGUCGUCGUCGCCAAUUCAAAAAGAACAACAACAACGAGAGCAGACGACGACGACGACGACAAAUAAAUAUUUGAUGGUCAAAAAUGAUAACAUGAGCAAUGGAAAUGCCAAAAAUCAUAAUAUUAAUAAUAAUAACAAUAAUAAUCAUGUGAAAAUUGUUGCUAGCUCGAUUGCGAUCAAGAAGAGAAGCUUGUAUCAGGAUUUUGAAGAUCGAGGAAGUGAGAGGAUCUAUAGAACUUCUUUAAUGAAUGUGACUUUGGAAAAAGUCACCGCUGUUGAGGAACCAAGCAUUGUUCGAAGUAUUUCCUAUGCGUUACCCACAGAAAAUUCACCGGGAAGAUAUCGAACAUCGAUGAAACCAUCGACAUCUCAAACUCCACCUCUAGCCCCCACAACAUCACAGCAACAAGCUGAAGCAAAUCCUCCGAAAUCGGAUUCUUGUGAUCCGGUUAAGCAACUUCUCACCUUCUCCAAGUCAUUUAAGAAAGUUCGACGGGUUCGAUCAGCAAUGCCAAGGCGAAGAAAACGGAAACGAGUGAAAUUGAAAAUCGCAAAAUCGUGUCCGAAUUUGUGGAACAUCGAGAAGACGCCGAUGAUUCAGCGAUCGAUGUCGCUCACUUCGAAGGAUAAGGAGAAACCGAAGAAGUUGGAGGAUUUGCCGCCGCCGCCGCCGAGGAGGAAAUUGGUGGCUCAGAGAGCUGAAAGUGAUUCGAAGACGACGGGAAGGAAGAGGAAUUUGUUGGAUGUUUAUAAAAAUCGAAAGGUUCUGGGAAAUUAAUGGGGCUUUUAAUUAAUUAGUGGUGUUCAAAAAAAAUCAAUAAUUCCCAGAAGACGAGUUUCCUUGACAAAAAAAAUGAGGUCCAAACUUUUAGGCUAACAAAUCUUGCGGGCCUUAUUUUCAGGCUUUCAAAUUCAGGCUUAACUUUCGGGCCUAAAUUUCAGGCUCAAAAUUAAUAUCUAGUUUUUUGAAUCUGAAGUUUGAGGCUCAAAAUACAGGCUCAAAAAUCUUUUAGGCCUAAUUUUUUGGAGCUAAUCUGGGAUCAGCCUAGGCUUUUGCCACGUAAAUUCUUCAGGCUGAGAAUCAAUCAAUAUUUUGAACGCCUUAAAAAUUUUCUGAUGAAAAAUCAAUCAAUAAUUCGAUUCUCAAUUCAAGUGAAUUUCAAAUUCAAUCGAUAAUUUCAGAUUGUGUUCAAGAUUUAUCAGAAAUUUUAUGAAGUUUUCAAAAAAAUUGAUUGAUCUCUUUAAUCCUCCAAGAAAAAUCAAUAAAUUCAAAACCUUAAAAAAUCAAUCGAUAAUUCAAAUUCAGAUAAGACAAAAUUUAGGUCUAAAAUUAAAAUUUGAAAAAUCUGAAAUUCUACCUUUAACGACUUUCAAGCCUAAAAUAUGAGCCUGAAUUCAAAAAAUUGAUUGAUCUCUGUAAUCCCCAAAAAAAUCAAUAAAUUCGAAACCUAAUAAAAUCAAUCAAUAAUUUUUGAUUCCCAGAAAUAUUUAUCAAUCAAUAAAUCAAUCGAUAAUUCGAAUUCAGAGAAGACGAGUUUCCCAGGGGCUUUUCAAAAAUCAAUAAUUCUCAAAAGACAAAAAAUCAUUUUUUAAUACCCGUAUUAAAAUUGAGUCCUAAUGAUAAGGGGUCAAAAUAGCCCCCUCCCCAAAUCAAUCAAUAAAUCAAUAUCCCCCCCAUUUUUUUCCAGAGCACAGUCCUCGAUGGUAAUGGAAGUAUGGCUGCAAAUGCAUUUUAUAAAUCGAUCGAUGCGGCACCGAAUAUGAAUGUGGCAAGAACGAAGACGAGUAUUCCGCUGGUUUCUGAAUUGGUCAGUUUUCUCGAGAAUUUUUGAUGAUUUUUGUAGUACAUCCGUUUUUUUUUGAUGAGUGACUUUGUAGGGGGAUUUUGGGAGGGACAUGAAUUUAAUUUUGAGGUCUUAGGGACCUUAGGAACCUUAACAAGAUUUUCAAGAGAUUUAGAAACCUUAAUUUAAUAUUAGAUAUUUCAGGGGAUAACUUAGGAACCUUUACGAGCUCCUGAAGAGUUUUAGUAACUUCAGAAAAUUUUUUAAGACCUGAAUCUAAAUACCUAAGGAGCUUAGGAAUCUACAGUACUCUUUAAAGGAACACAAUCUUAUUUUGAAUUUCAUUUUUCAAAAUUUUGAAGCUGAAAAUACAGUACUCCUUACAAAGAUUUCGAAAAUUACUAUCUUAUUAUCAAAGGUACAUACAGUAAUCCUGAGAUCUCCUAGCCCUACAGUCCCUAUUUUUCUAGACUAACAAAACUAAAGGAACAUACUUUUUCGUUUCGGGACCCUUAGCGUUUUUUCUAACCUACAGUACCCUCUCAGAAAUUUAAAGGAACAUGUCACUUUCACACACUCCACUCACUCAUUUUUCACUUCUCUCAUUCUUCUAUCACACACACCACUGAUUUUAUUGAUUGAUUUUUCAAUCUCACUUCCCCUUAGAACAUACCGUGUGCGUGUGUGUCUCUGACUUCUCUAAACUCUCUUCUCUCUCUAUCACCCAAUCAAUAAUUUAUCGAUUUCAGGUUUUAAAGGUAAGUAUCACAUCACUCACCACUUCUUCUUCAAGAAUGAAAUUUUUUUUUUUUGAAAAAAAAAAUUUGAUCGGUAAAAUAUGCUUUUUUUUAAUUAACUCGCUUAAGUUUUUUUUACUAACUCUAUUUUCAGUUUUUAAAAAUUAUUUUCAGCAUGAAAAAUGCUUUUCCAAAAAUUUCAAAAUUUCUUGGCCCGCUUUUCAUUUUGCAUGAAAGUUUUCUCUAACAAUUUUUAAAAAAUGAGUUGGGAAAAAUUUACUGUUUCAAAGUUUUUUGAUAAUUUUUGAGGGGUUUGGGAAUUUUAUUCAUGAGAAGGAAUAGAUUUUCUGUAACUAUGUGACGUGGCAAAUUUUUUUCAGAAAGUGUUUUGAAUUUUCAGAGAAAAUUAGAGUUGUUCUAAUUUUUUUUGACGUACACUUCUUAAUCUGAAAAUUAUCAAAAUUUAAUUUUUGAACAAAUUUACUAUAAGGUUUUCAGACAAAAUUCUGAAAUUCGAUAAAAUUCAAAAAUGAAUACAAUUUCCACGUCACAGCUGGGUUUUAGAUGAAAAAAUUCAUAAAUAUUUUUUCAUGACUUAAAAAAAAUUUUUUUGCCACGUCAUAACUUAUUUUCAGAAAAUACUCGUGCAAAAAAAGUUUUUUUAAAAAUAAAAUAUUAUAAAAAUUUCACAUCAAAUCCCAAAACUUCUUAAAAAAUUCAAAAAAACCCUUGAAACAGUAAUUUUUUUCACUUUUCCAAAAUAUAAUCUCUGUUUUUUUUUUGCAUGGCAUGCUUUUUCAAUCAGCCUUUUUUUUAAAUUUUCCAGCCAAAAUCCGGUCAUUUUUAUCACACACACACACUGAAAUUUAUCUGAAAUUUUCAGAUUUCAAGUUUUUUGAAUAAUAAAUUUUAGCUUGUUGUGUGAUAAAAAUUGACCUGAAAUCUUGCUCUCCUCAAAAAUUCCCCCGUUAUUUUUCCAGACAAUGGCAACAAAAAGAGCACAAGCCGGGCUCGCCAACGCUGCUCGAACAACAUUCGCCGACACCGAACUCAAAACUCACGUCUAUCGAAAAACCCUUCAAGCUCUAAUCUAUCCAAUUAGUUGUACAACACCUCAUGCAUUUGCAACAACCAAUUUUCAAACUCCAACUUGGUGUUAUGAAUGUGAAGGUCUUUUGUGGGGAUUGGCUCGACAGGGAUUGAGAUGUACACAGUGUGGUGUGAAGGUUCAUGAAAAAUGUCGAGAAUUAUUAUCGGCUGAUUGUCUUCAAAGAGCUGCUGAGAAAUCUUCGAAACAUGGAGAAGUCACAGAUCGAACACAAUCUUUGGUAGCUGUGAUCAGAGAUCGAAUGAAAAUUCAGGAAAAUAAUAAACCCGAGAUCUUCGAGAUGAUUCGAACGGUAUUCGAUGUUGAAGAAAAAACCCAACAAGAAACAUUGAAGCAAGUGAAGACUUCGAUUUUGGAGGGAAGUAGCAAAUGGAGUGCCAAGAUUACGUUGACGGUUCUGUGUGCGCAGGGUUUAAUUGCAAAGGAUAAGACUGGAAAAUCGGAUCCGUAUGUGACGGCGCAGGUUGGGAAGGUGAAGCGGAGAACGAGGACUAUACAUCAGGAAUUGAAUCCGGUUUGGAAUGAGAAGUUUUUCUUGUGAGUUGAGGUUUUGGGCGAUUUUGUGAAUCUAGAUUUUGAAAUUAUUGAUUUCAAAAAUUGUGGAAUUUUUCUUGUUUGCAAAUCUUGAUUAAUCUUCAUUAGCAGCUCUCAAUAAUUGCUAGAAAAAUUCAUGUUUGUUUUGAAACAGUGAAAUUUUUAUCUUGAAAAUUUGGAGGGUUAUCGUCUAAAAUAUCGCUGCCAAAAUAUUAAUAGAACAUUUAAGCAAUUUUUGAAACAGUAAUUUUUUGAAGAAUUUUUUUUGUGGAAUUUCAAUAAUAUUGCACGAUCAACAAAAGAAGCAGAUUCCAGAAAAUUAAAUUUUUUUAAAGAAAAAAAUUGAAACGUAUUUUUUUUCGAUAUUUUUUUACUGUCUCAAAAGCUUUCGAAAAUUUAUGCAUUUUUUGAAACAGUAAAUUUUUUUGGACUUUUUUUUACAAUUUUUGAAAGUCUGAAUAAUUAUUCGAACUCAUGAACUCAUGGAACCAUCCCAAAACUUCUAUUAAUAAGUUUAUGAAAUUUUUGAAACAGUGAGAAAGUCCAAUUAAUUUUGAAUAUAUGCCCUAUGAUAAGUUGACAAACAAUAGCAUCUUCUUUUUCUGAAAACUAAUUCAUAAAAAUUUUGAAACAGUGAAAAAUUAUGACAACUCCAAAUUUUUUGUUGUAAUUUUCAGAUUUCAUCAUUCAAAAUAUCCAAAAUUAAAUUUAUUGAAAUUUUGAAACAGUGAAAAAAUUCGCUGUAUUGUUGAUUUUCCAGUUUCAAAAUUGGUGCGAAAUUUGUUAUUUAAUUUUUGAAACCGUAAAUUUUUCGAGAAAAUUUGAAAUUUCGAAUUUCACAAAAUUAUUCGAACUUUUUUUAAUAUUAACAUCCGAUUAACCUGAUCACAAUACCACCCAAAUUUACAAAAACCUUGAAACAGCAAUUUUUUUGCAGUGAAUGUCACAAUUCAACGGAUCGAAUAAAAGUGCGUGUUUGGGACGAGGACAACGAUCUCAAAUCAAAACUUCGCCAAAAACUCACUCGAGAAUCCGACGAUUUUUUGGGUCAAACAGUCAUCGAAGUUCGAACAUUGAGCGGUGAAAUGGAUGUUUGGUAUAAUCUCGAAAAACGAACCGACAAAUCAGCGGUUUCCGGUGCAAUUCGACUUCAUAUUAGUGUGGAGAUCAAAGGAGAGGAGAAAUUGGCACCGUAUCAUGUACAGUAUACUUGUCUUCACGAGCAUUUGUUUAGUGUUCAUUGUGUUGAUGAUGAAGUCAAGUUGCCGGAUGUUAGAGGAGAGGAUUCGUGGAAGAUUUGUUUUCAAGAUACUGGACAGGAAAUUGCUGAUGAAUUUGCGAUGAGAUAUGGAAUUGAGGCGAUUUAUCAGGUUGGUAGCGGGAUUUAGAUAGAAUAUUCCACGUGGCAAAAGCCUUGGAAGUUAGAGACACAUAGGGAUAUACACUCGAGCGGUGAUAGCUAGAGAGCACAGAAUUGUUAGGGACGCAGAAAACCUAGACAGCUAGAGAUUCCAGGAUUGUUAGAGACGCAGAAAACCUAGACAGCUAGAGAUUCUAGGAUUGUUAGAGACGCAGAGGGAUAUACAUACACUAGCGCGGUGAUAGCUAGAGAGCACAGGAUUGUUAGAGACGCAGAAAACCUAGACAGUUAAAGAUUCUAGGAUUGUUAGAGACGCAGAAGAAAACCUAGACAGCUAGAGAUUCUAGGAUUGUUAGAGAUGCAGAAAACCUAGACAGCUAGAGAGUACCGGAUUGUUAGAGACACAGAGGAAUAUACACCAGCGCGGUGAUAGCUAGAGAGCACAGGAUUGUUAGAGACGCAGAACACCUAGACAGCUAGAGAUUCUAGGAUUGUUAGAGACGCAGAGGCAUAUACACCAGCGCGGUGAUAGCUAGAGAGCACAGAAUUGUUAGAGACACAGAACACCUAGACAGCUAGAGAUUCUAGGAUUGUUAGAGACGCAGAAAACCUAGACAGCUAGAGAUUCUAGGAUUGUGAGAGACGCAGAAAAGCUAGACAGCUAGAGAUUCUAGGAUUGUGAGAGACGCAGAAAAGCUAGACAGCUAGAGAUUCUAGGAUUGUUAGAGACGCAGAAAACCUCGACAGCUAGAGAUUCUAGGAUUGUGAGAGACGCAGAAAACCUUGACAGCUAGAGAUUCUAGGAUUGUGAGAGACGCAGAAAACCUAGACAGCUAGAGAUUCUAGGAUUGUUAGAGACGCAGAAAAGCUAGACAGCUAGAGAUUCUAGGAUUGUUAGAGACGCAGAACACCUAGACAGCUAGAGAUUUUAGGAUUGUUAGAGACACAGAGGGAUAUACAUACACUAGCGCGGUGAUAGCUAGAGAGAACAUGAUUGUUAGAGACGCAGAAAACCUAGACAGCUAGAGAUUCUAGGAUUGUUAGAGACGCAGAAAAACCAGACAGCUAGAGAUUCUAGGAUUGUUAGAGACGCAGAGGGAAUUACACUCGCUCCGCUCGAGCCGCUACGCGGAAGCUUGCGGAAAAUUUGAAUUUUUGAAAAUCGAGUAUUUACGAGCAACCAUUUUUUGAAAUGUUCAUGAAUGUAAAUUAUCAAAAAAUCCCAGAACCCAAAAAAUUAAAUUGAAUUUUUGAAACAGUGAAAAAAUUUCCUGAAAAAUGUAGGUUUCAAAAUUUUUAUACUUGGGAAUUUUCGGAAUUGGUUCCUGAGUAAAAAAAAAUUUUGGCGCCAAAAAUCCACGUAACAAAAUUGUUUUUCUUUUUUUUUUUUUAAUUUUUGAAAUUCUUACAAUGAAAAUUUGGGAAUUUUCGGAAUUAGUUCUUGAAUUUUCGCGCCAAAAAUCCACGUUACAAUAUUUUUUUCUGAAUUUUCAAUUUUUGAAAUGCUUAGAAAUUUACAUGAUUUUUUUUUCAAUAUAUGAAUGUAAAUUAUCAAAAAAUCCCAGAACCCAAAAAAUUAAAUUGAAUUUUUGAAACAGUGAAAAAAUUUCCUGAAAAAAAACCUACAGGUUUCAAAAUUAUUUUUUAUGAAAAUUUGCGAAUUUUCGGAAUUGGUUCUUGAGUUUUAAAAAAUUUUCAAUAAAAAUUUGGCGCCAAAAAUCCACGUAAAAAUAUUUUUUUCAGGCCAUGACACACUUCGCAUGUCUUUGCACAAAAUACAUGUGUGCCGGUGUUCCAGCUGUUCUCUCAACUCUUCUCGCCAAUAUUAAUGCGUGAGUUUUUUUUUGUCUGAAAUUUGAAACUUUCUGGGAAAAUUUUCAACUCAAAGAACCAGGUCAUUUUAUUUUCUUUCGAGAAAAUAUUAUUUUCCUAGUAUUUUUCUUAAAACUAUAAAACAUACUAACAAAAAAGCGAAAAAAAUGCCACAAAAUCCGUUGAACAAACAAGAAAAGUAUUAAAAAUAGAUGAAUAAUUUAUAUUUGGUCGCUCCAUUUUGCAGAUACUACGCACAUACAACAGCAACUUCUGCUGUUUCAGCACCUGAUCGAUUUGCGGCCUCGAAUUUUGGAAAAGAACGAUUUGUGAAGCUGUUGGAUCAAUUGCAUAAUAGCUUGAGAAUUGAUUUAUCAAUGUAUCGGGUUGGUUUUUUGAAGGGGAGGCGAAGAGAAGCUAGACGAUUAGAGAUGAUAAGAUUGUUAGAGACGCAGAGGGAUAUACAUUUGCUCCGCUUGAGCCGCUUACGCGGAAUUUCCCGGGGGCUUCGCGCAAGAUAGCUAGAGAAAAUAGGUUUGUUAGAGACGCAGAGGUUCUAGGUAGCUCUAGACGAUUAGAGAGCACACGAUUUUGAGAGACGCAGAAAAACAAGACGAUCAGAGAACGUAAGAGUGCUAGGCAGCUAGAGUUUCUAGGCUAGUUGGAGACGCAGAGGGAUAUACACUCGCUCCGCUCGGCGCUUCGCGCAAGAUAGCUAGAGAGCACAGGAAUUCUAGAGAAGCUAGACAGCGAGAGACAUUUUUCAAGCUUUAUUAGUAUUGUUGAGCUAAUUUUGAAACAGUAGAAUUUUUAAUAGUCAAGAUACAACGUCGAACGUUUCUCACAGAUCAAUCAAUUUUUUGGAAUAUUUUUGAAACGUAAAAAUUCCGAUUUUUUAAUGACAUUUUGGUUAUUAUUGCACAGCAUUUUUCCAAGCUAGCGAUUUUUUCUUGAGAUAAUUUUGAAACAGUAAAAUAUUUUUGAGAAAUUUUUUAGAGAUCAUUGUUUGAAAUUCACAAUUUUCCAAAGAUAAAUUAAUUUUCAUGACCUGAUUUUGAAACAGUGAAAAAUUUAGUGUUAAAAAAUUUUUCUUCCGAUUUUCGUACUGAACCGUAUUUGAAAAAAUAUGUUUUAAUCAUUUUUUUAUUUGAAACUUCCCAUCAAAUAAUCAAGUUUUCAAAAUUACAUGUAAAUUUUCAUGAUAAUUUUGAAACAGUGAAAUUUGUUGAGGAGGACUGUCAAACGUUUUUCACACAUUAAUUUAUUUUUUGGGAUAAUUUUGAAACGUAAGAAAUCAUGGUUUUUUAAUGUAAUUAUAAACGUUUUUAUAAAUCAGGGAUUUCCUUUUGAAAAUAUUUGAAACAGUAAAUUUUUGGCAUUGAAAAUGAUGAUCAAAUUGAAAUUUAUGAACGAUUCAAAAAUUUGUGAAAAUUUUGAAACGGUUAAAUUUUUUUACACCAUCCUUUCUACUGCUCAACAGUUCUCGAAGUUUAUGAAAUUAUUUUGAAAAUUUUUUGAAACAGUCAAAUUUUUUAUGAAUAUUUGAAGAUUCGGAAAAUAAUUUCAAUUUCCAAAAUUUGAUUUUUUAUACAUUUUAUGAUUAACUUAACAAUUUUGGCUUUUCAAAAUAUUUUGAAACAGUAAAUUUCAAUCGGUGCUAGAAGUUCAACUGAAUUAAAAACUAAAAAUUAUUCUGCAGUUUGUAAAAAUUUUGAAACAGCAAAUUUUUUUCCCCCAAAAAAAUUCAUAUUUUUCAUUCUCCCCACGCAAAAGUCCAAAACCAAUUUUAUUCUUCUUCAAGUCUCAAGAAAAAAAUUAAUAUAUGAAUAUAUUAAUAAUAUCUUCUUCAUAUUUUCUUUUUUUUUUCUCCUAAUCGUUUUCAUUUUCACACUCCAAAAGAGGAUGCUCCUUUUUUCUCUCGGAGCACACGGAAAAAGAGCUCAGUUGCUCGGGCGACGGAUCUUUCAGGAGUUUUUUCCCACUUUCUUAUAUUUAUUUGAUUAUUUUUUAUUGAAUAGUCACAAUAUGAGCUCGAAAUUUCACCAAACAUAAAUUUAGAUUUUCACCCCACAGUUUCAUGUUCCCACAAAGCUCAGCUGGGUAGCCUUUUGCUUUCUAAUCUCGUGUCGGGGGUUCGAGCCCGGGUGCGAGCUGACGUGUUUUUCUAAUUUUAUUUUUAGAUUUUCUCAUUUCCCAGCUGCAAAAAAACCAAUGGUUGCUAUAAUAAAUCCAGGCAGCCCAAAACACAUUUCAAAUGGGAUUAGAAUUUUCCUCUUUUCCUUUUCUUCCUCCCAAAAAAAAGCGAAAAUGUCAGGGGAAAUUCAAAACCUUUUCGGUUCUCUCAAUUUACGAAAUGAAAUAGGUUUUUCUCUUUGUUUCAAGCACUAUGUAGACUCUAAUUCUUUUUAUUUAUUCGGUUCAAAAUAGAUUUUUGAACUUUUCUCGGCAGCAGAAAAAUUGAUGUUGUCAAAAAUGCGCGGAACAGAGCGAAAAAAAAAUAAAAUAAAUGUUUGACACAUGGGAAAAUGUGUGUGCACUUUUUGCUCUUUUCUAAAAAAAAAAAGUUCCUUUUUUGAGCUCUCACAGCCCUAAAGUGUUUUCAUUUUGCAGAAUCAUUUUCCAUCUUCAUCACCCGUCAAAUUACAAGAUCUCAAAUCGACCGUCGAUCUUUUGACAUCAAUCACCUUCUUUCGUAUGAAAGUGAGUUUUUUCCGGGGAUUAUUUGAUCUCUCUUGUUUUGUUUUUGGUCGUCGGAUAAUCUUUUGAUUCAUCUGAAAAGCGCAAAAAUCAAAUGAAAAGCGUACGGUUUUUCAAAGGCGCAUAAUUGUUUGUGUAUGGGUCUCGAGACGACGCGCGAGACUGUUCGGUUUGAAUAAAUACUUUUGUUUUUUUUUUUUGCAAAAAAAAAACAAUUUCGCGGUUUUUCCUGGGAUGUUGAGAUGUUUUGGUGAGUUCUGAAUUUUGAUGUUUUGAGUGGGAGUAGUUAUGACGUGGCAGAAUGCCAAAAAUAUCAAAUUUCUAGGUAAAUUUUGAAUUGCAACACUUUUGAACUGAAAAUUAAAAGUUUCGAUCGAAAUAGUUUUGCGCGCUGCAACCGCGACGCACGACGCACCGCCACCAAAAAUCGAUAACAUUUCCAGGUACUCGAAUUGGCAAGUCCACCACGAGCAUCGAAUGUUGUGCGUGAAUGUGCCAAAGCGUGUAUGCAGCAAACAUAUCAGUUAAUGUUCGAAUCGUGCUGUGAACAAGGCGGACCAUCCGCCGAUUCAGUCCGUUUCUGGUUCGAUUUCCUCGAUUACAUGAUGCGAGUCAUUGAAGACGAUAAACACAUCUACACACCAGUUUUGAAUCAAUUUCCACAAGAAUUAAAUGUCGGACAAUUGUCAGCUGGAACAUUGUGGCAAAUGUAUAAAACCGAUUUGCAAUUGGCGCUCGAAGAACAUGCACAAACCAAGAAAUGUACAACUCCAGAAUAUAUGAAUCUAUAUUUCAAAGUGAAAGGAUUCUACUUCAAAUAUGUCGCCGAUAUGCCACAAUACAAACAAUCAAUUCCAGAAUUUCCAGCCUGGUUUAUUCCAUUUGUUAUGGAUUGGUUGAAUGAAAAUGACGAACAUUCCAUGGAUAUUCUAAGGAAUGCGUAUAACCGCGAUAAAUCUGACAAUUUUCCGCAGACAUCCGAACAUACAAAAUUCUCGAAUAGUGUUGUUGAUGUUUUCACACAAUUGAAUGAGGCGUUGAAAUUGUUGAAACAAAUGGAUUGCCCGAAUCCCGAAGUUGCUGCGGAUAUGAUGAAGAGAUUCAGUAAGACAUUGAAUAAGGUGCUGUUGGCGUAUGCGGAUAUGGUUCAAAAGGAUUUCCCCAAAUUUGCGCAUGAUGAACAAUUGGCUUGUAUUCUUAUGAAUAAUGUACAACAAUUGCGGUAAGAAAUUUUUUGUUUAUUGAAAAUUUUGGGCUGGAAUUAUCAAUUUCCAGCAUUUCUAACGUUUUCAGCGUGAAAUUUGAGUCUAGAAAUUUAGAUUUAAAAAUUAAGGUUUUUUCAAAUUAUUUAAAAAUUAAAAAAUUUGGCCUACAGUAUUCCUAGGCCUAAUACAGUCACCCUAAGUCUCAAAAUAAUUCCUCUUUAGAAUUUCCAACGUUUUUAGCGUGAAAUUUGAGUCUAGAAAUUUGGGUUACAGUAAUUCUAGUUUUAAUUUUUUUUAAAAACAUCUUUAAAAAUUUAAAAAUUUGAUCUACAGUAUUCCUAGGCCUAAUACAGUAACCCUAGGUUUCAAAAUAUUUAGAAAUUGGCACGAAGACCUACAGUAACCCCAGCUUUAUUUAGUCUCAAAAUUCCAGUUUAAAAAACACUGAAUUUUUCCCGGCAAAAUUUAAAAUGUUGAAAUUUGCCCUACAGUAACCCUAGGUCUCAAAAUAAUUGCUCAAUUUUUUUAAAAUUUGCGCAAUGACCUACAGUAACCCCAGCCUUAUUGGGUCUCAAAAGACUCCAAAUUUUCGCGCCCGAAUUUCAAAAAAUUCUCCAAUUUUCCAAAAUUUAAAAAUUUGGCCUACAGUAUUCCUAGGCCAAAUACAGUAACCCUAGGUUUCAAAAUAAUAGCCCAAGAAAAUUUAGAAAUUUGCGCAAAGACCUACAGUAACCCCAGCCUUAUUCGGUCUCAAAAGUCCAGUUUAAAAAGCACUGAAUUUUUACCGGCAAAAUUUAAAAUAUUUAAAAAUGUUAAAAUUUGCCCUACAUACAGUACAACAAGGUCUCAAAAUAAUGAAAAAAAAUUGGCACGAAACCUACAGUAAUCCAGAUCAUAUUUGGUAUCAAAAUACUCCAAUUUUCCAGUGUCCAACUCGAAAAAAUCUACGAAAACAUGGGCGGCGACGCAUUGGACGGAACAGCCAGUCAAGUUCUCACAAAUCUCCAAAAGAAGCUCAACUCGGUUCUCGACAAACUCUCCGGUCAAUUUGUAACAACUCUCGAACCGCACAUUCACGAGCAAACUAUGAAAUUGGGAGUUUUGCUAACCAAAAUCAAAGGACCACAAUUGCAAAAAACACAAGUUCAACCAGAAGCUGACGCAGUUCUCGAACCACUUAUGGAUCUGUUAGAAGGUUCGCUGCGAAGAUAUGCGGAUCAAUGUGAAAAAACUGUGCUGAAAUACAUAUUGAAAGAAUUGUGGAGGAUAACAAUUGUGUCAAUGGAAAAACGGGUUGUUCUACCGCCAUUGUCUGAAAAAGCGUUGCUCAAACAAUUGCCGAAUGCGAAAAUUCAGGAUGUUACCAAAUUAAUGAGUACAAAUAUUCAGAAUAUUAAAGGAAUGAGUUCAGUUAAAGAUAUGAUGGAUAUGGCGAGAGAAUGUGAGAAAUCUUUGAGCCCUAAACAAUGUACAGUAUUAGAUUGUGCUCUCGAUGCAAUUAAGGACAGUUUUCACGCAUCAGGAAAAGGACUCAAAAAAUCGUUUUUCGAAAAAUCGCCCGAAUUACAAUCACUCAAAUAUGCUCUUAGUUUGUACACUCAAACCACCGAACAACUCAUCAAAACAUUUAUUACCAGCCAAAAACAACAGGAUUUACCGAGUCAGGAACAACCUGUUGGUGAAGUUAGUGUACAAGUGGAUUUGUUUAGUCAUCCUGGGACUGGAGAGCAGAAGGUUACGGUUAAGAGUGAGUUUUUUUUUCGCAAUUUUCUAAGGGGAAGUGAUGAGUACAGUAAACAUUUUUUUAAAACUUGUCAAUUUUUAUGAAAAUUUCUUGAAACAGUGAAAUUUUUCAAAAAUGUUUAAUUAUUUAAUUUAUAUUUUUUGUUGCCACGUGGCAAAAUUUUAUUCAGAAUUUUGAUUGCCACGCGGAUUUUUAAAUAUAAUAUUCCAAAAAAUAUUAUUUUUCGAAAUUUCGGAAUUUACAAAAGAUUUCAUUGAAACAGUUGAAUUUUUCAAAAAAUCUGAAAUUUAGAUCAAAAUUGAGUGUUUAUAAAAUCGAAAAUUUUAGCGCCAAAAUCCACGUGAAAAAUCUGAAAAUUCGAUUUCCAAAAAUUGAAAAAAGUUUCAUUAUAAAAAUUUUGUACCCAAUAAAGGUCCCUAAAAUAAUAAAUCUGAUUUUUUUUUCCAAAAUCAUGAUUUCGAAUUUUUCACUGUUUCAAAAAUAUUUCAAAGAAAAAUUCAAUAUUCAAAUUUUGUUCAGUUAACGUUUUCGGUAAAAACUUUGAAAUUUUAGAAAAAUUCACUGUUUCAAAAAUUUGCCAUUUUUUUGGAGAAAAAAAUGGGCUAGUACCAAGUCAAUCAAUAUUCUGGAAAUUUCAGAAAAAUAGUUUUUUUCAACCUGAAGAAUAUACGAUUCUUGAGAAAAAAUCUGAAAUUUUCAGCCAAAAAUAUUAGAUUUGAAAAAUAAUUUAGAAAUAAAUAACCUUUUUUUUCAAAUAAAAAAUAACCGGCAGCUCAAUUUUGGGUCCUGAAUUCAUUUUUUUCAAAUUUCCCAGCCAAAAACCUUCCACCACCCCUAUAAACCAUCUGAAACCUCCCAAAUUUUCAGUCCUUGCCGCAAAUGAUCUCCGCUGGCAAACAUCUUCCGCAUUCAAACCAUUCGUCGAAGUUCAUCUCGUUGGUCCACAUUUGUCAGACAAAAAGCGAAAAAUGGCGACGAAAAGCAAAACUGGAAAUUGGGCUCCGAAAUUCAAUGAAACUUUCCAUUUGUGAGUUUUUUUCUGGGGUUUUUUGUUAGGGAAGAUGAUUGCAAUAGAUAAAUUAAUUUAGAAAAAUUGAUAUGGUAUUUUUGAAACGUAUUUUUCACGGUGCAAAAGUGGAGUGUCGUAAUUUUUUUUUCCAAGAAAAAAGUAGCUGAAUAAAAGUUGCCAAAAAUUUUCUAGUUUUCAAAAUUCCACGUGUUUUUCUGAAAAUCGAAAAAGAGUUAAUAUUUUUCAUACAAAAAAAUCACUGUUUCAAAAUUAUAUGAGUUUAUUUUCAAACAAAUUUCGCGUUUUUUCUAUCCCUCCAUAAAAAAUGAGUUAUGACGUGGCAAAAUUCAAUUUUUCUAACUCAUGAAUUCAAAAUCCACCUUUUUACAGCUUCCUCGGAAAUGAAGGUGAACCCGAACACUACGAGCUCAUGUUCCAAGUCAAAGAUUAUUGUUUCGCCCGCGAAGAUCGAAUUGUCGGAGUUGGUGUUUUGCAAUUGGCGAAUGUUGUUGAUCAAGCUGGUUCUUGUGCAAUGUGGGUUCAAUUGGGAACUCGUCUACAUAUUGAUGAAACUGGUUUGAUUCUGUUGAGAAUUUUGUCGCAAAGGCAAACUGAUGAGGUGAGCGAUUUUUUGGGGAUUCUGAUUGUGAUAAAAAAUUUGGAAAAUUCAAUUUUUGUACUUUUUUUGAGGUGUUCAAAUUUUGAAACAGUAAAAAAUUUUUUUCGGAAAUUUUGAACAUUUGAAAAUUGUUGUUGUUUCCUUUCCAAAUAUUUACAAUUUUGAAACUGAACAUUUUACACAACAAAAAUUUACCCGAAAAAAAUAGGUUUCAAAAUUUUCUGAAAAUUUGCCAAUUCGAUUGAAAAUUUAAUUAAAGGAUAAAAGUCUUUCUUACAAAAAUGGCGCCAAAAACGUGGAGUAGUUGAAACUGAAAACUUUCCUCGUCAAAAUCCACGUGGAAAUUUGAAACUUAAAUAAUUUUGGCACAUUUGUUGUUCAAAAUUGAAUUUUUUUCAGGUUGCCAAAGAUUUUGUGCGUCUAAAAACGGAAUGUCGACACGAAACUGAAACUGUGAUGGCCGCAUCUGCGAGUAGUCAAAAUAUUGCCAGAUAA